AUGUCUUCCCCGCCGUCGAUGCGGCGCGUGCCUCCAGAGGACACAGGGAAAUGUGGGUAUUGUCCUACUCCACUACCUUCAGCAGAUAUCUGCACGUAUAGCCCUUCAGAACAGCUCGGUACGACGGCUACUGUUUGCGAUUUCAAUGGAGUACCAGAGCCGUUGCAGAUGCAGGAACAACGAUCUCAUGAGUUAAUUCAUUCCGCAAGACCUUCGCCCUCAGCUGAGAACUUUUCCUCGCCAGAGUCUACGAAGAAAACACAGCCGGCUGAGCCUGGCUUAAAUUGCAAUGACACGUCAUCAGACAGAAGCAAAAGUAGAUGUGGAAGUGAAUCGGAAACAUCUCUAGCCUCUUCUACGUCUUCUGACGGAAGCGUUUCUGCUCCGCUGGUUCCGUCGAAGCAAAAUGGUCCUCUGGCCGAGUCGACCGUCCAGUCUAAUGAAUUGAAAGAUGAUCCUAAUCCUCUUUUGACCCAUAAUAUGGGGCCACUGUUGGUUUCGACAGCAACGGAGGCACUGAUAGAAGGGUGUGAUACCAAAGAUACAGCUGCGGAAAUAGCUGCGUUAAGGGAGCUGGUCGCGAGCUUGAGAGAGGAGAACAAACGGCUCAAGGAAGAAGCGAAGUCUGCGAAACUUGCAGCUGCGACUGCAGCACUCAACGAGGGCCCUCCUGCUGUGGCAGAUCCUAGCAGCUCAGCAGUUACAGCGCGGCUUCCGAGCUCAGAGUCAACGUCACAGCCCAAGAGAUUAACUCCUGCUGAUACAGAGAACAAGGGAGUCCACAAUGCAUCAGAAGUUGUGAAUAAAGCUAGAAAAGGAAGGGCUCCCGGGGCCCCCCCCAAUGGCCGAGGCCCUGGUAGGAAGCCCCCGGGAACAAUGAUGAACAAAUGUUUGUCCUCUUCUUCCAACACCAACUUACGUCUGUGGGGCUGGUGCCUUCGAGAUGAGUCAGUAAGCUCUUUGCGCGGCUGCUGCGUUGACCAUCUGGUGGAUGGCGGUAGUUGCUGCACUGAAGAGAGCACUGAUACCAUUAUUGGCAGCAGCAGCAGCUGCCAAAAGAGCAUUGAGGGAUCGACAGCUACAACGCCGGCGACGCUUUUGCCUGCUGAGCCGCUGGAAGCCUCGUGGCUGCUGGGUUUAGAAGAAGCUGUGCAGUCAACUCUGGCAGUUCCACAACAGGAUCAGCAACAAGCCCUGGCUCCUUCAUUGAACAGGGACUCUUCCAGGAAUUCCCUCAAAAGUGUAGUGGAGGAAAUCGGUUUUUCAGUUCUUGAAGUGAAGCCGCAUGAUGCUUCAGGAUACACUGUUACGGAUGACCCUCGCCUGGUUGAGUGGUUUCGGCGCACCAAAGCUUCGCCUUCAUCGGCGCCUCCCGUGCAGCCCAAAGGGUUCGGUUUGACUGUCGGCUCACAAGCUGCUACCCUCGCGAAAGAUGUUAAUCUGUUUAGUCUGGGUAACAAAGGGAAGAAAAAGGCAGCUACGCUGCCUCCGUCUGUCAGAAAGAGCAUCAGCAUCUCCCUAUCAGCUCUGAGGAGGGGAUGCGUUGAUCGUAUCAACUUCAUUAAGCGGCUGCAAUCGGACAUCUUGCAGUGCACACUGAAUUCAAGCGCUAUAGAACUUCUCCUGGAGGUGGUGCCCGACAUGACUGCGGCGACAGACAGGCGUCAGCUCUGGUUUGAUGCACGCGAUGCGCUUGCCAAAAGCAGGGAUUGUGCUUCGGGCCCUCCCGAUGACGAAGAAUCGUUUGCUGCUUUUGUAUGCGGUGUCCUUGCCGCUACUGCUUCUGCCGCUACUUAUCUUUCGUCCGCAUUUGCCCUAAUUCAAGUGGUUGCUCAGGCAGCCGCUUUUGUCAGCGGUGUCUGUCAGACUAUGUCCAGUCACGGGCCUAUAACGGGAGGAGCGGGUCAGAGUGAAGCAGAGAACGUGAAGCCCACACUGGCGAACAAGACAGAACCCAAAGUAGACAAUGCAGGCAGGACACAAAAGACUGCGAGUAGCUUUCCAAUGUUUAGGUGGCCUUUGCUAUUUGAUAUGGUCAAGAAGCAGUACGGAUUUGGUGCUGAUGGUUCUGUAGACCGCAGUCGCUCCUUGUUAAAAAUCCUUGUGUGUCACACUGGCAAGCCCCUUGAUAGCACGGAACUCACGCUGCUUAAAAGAGCAGCACAGAAGCCGAUAGGAGCUUUAUUGGAGCAGCAGGCGUCGCUUGUGCAGGUGCUACUUCUGUUAUACCGUGCGUCAGUCUAUGCUUCGUCUAACCGGUCAGUGGCCGAGAGAGAAAUGGAGCAGGACCCGAAGGAUCCUAUUCGAGCUCUGGCUGCCCAGCUGUUGCAGUGCUGCCAUUCUAGUGUUAAAGGCCCAUCCAAAGAAAGGGCUUCAGAAGCAGUCAUGCACGACACUGGAGAUAUGCUGCUCUCUGUAAUUCCGAGAUUUGUGUUGGAUUACAAGUCGCGAUUGAAGACCCUAGCGAAACUUACGGCUCAGCUCAUGCGGGAGUACGCUACUUUUGUUUGCUGGAUGGGAGACAAGGAAUCUUUUUUGCCUGUACAGUUACUCGUCCGUAGAGCAGGCAGCAAUAAAGAGGCGCAGUGGGGCCUCCACGGGGCUUCAUUGCCCACUGUGCUUUCGACGGUUUCCUUACAAACACCUCAACGGGUUGAACAAGUUCCUAAACUUGACGCUUUUGAACGCCUCAGCACGUUUUUAGAGGAGCUGGAGCGCCACGCUGAGCCUCCAGCUACCAUCCGGUCUACGCGCAAACAAUUGGCGUUACGCCACAAGCAGCCGCUCAAGCAGUCCGAGCUCUUCAUCGAGCGCGUCAUCGAGCUCCUCACUGCCAGUGCUUUCACCCGGGUCUUCGCCAGAACGCCAAAAGCGUCAGAAAAUACAACACACACUGACGACAUCUUGCAAGGCGAGUCAACAGAACUCAAGGGCCAACUCCAUUCCACUGCCAGGCAUGAGCACUGA